AUGCUUUAUAGUCAAGGCUCUGAAAGCAAUGAAAUUGGGAAAGCCUAUACUUACAUGAAACCUACUCCGGAGACUUAUGUCAAAGACGUGGAUGGUGGGGUCGACCGGGAUAUAUUCGACAUCAAUUCAGCUCUGGGCCUGGACCUUUUUGAGGGAGACAUCGUUUUUGCCAAGGGUCAAGAUCGGAACUCCAUUAUUGGUGAUCGGUACAGAUGGCCCCACAUCAUUCCCUACGUCCUUGAGGAUAGCUUGGAAAUGAAUGCUAAGGGAGUCAUUCUCAAUGCCUUUGAGAGAUACCGCCUAAAAACCUGCAUCGACUUCAAACCUUGGGAAGGCGAAGCUAACUAUAUAUCUGUAUUCAAGGGAAGCGGCUGUUGGUCCUCGAUAGGAAAUCAGCAUAAGGGCAAGCAACAACUCUCCAUCGGGGAAAACUGUGACCGGAUCGGAACUAUCCAGCAUGAGUUCCUGCAUGCCUUGGGAUUCUGGCACGAGCAGUCGCGGGCAGACCGGGAUGACUAUGUCAUGAUCAUGUGGAACCGGAUUCAGGCCGGAAAGGAGAAUAAUUUCAACGUAUAUGAUGACACCAAAUCUAACUCCCUGAACACCCCCUAUGAUUACACAUCCGUGAUGCACUAUAGCAAGACUGCAUUCCAAAACGGAACUUUACCGACCAUCAUCACCAAAAUCGAUGACUUCCUGGAUGUGAUUGGACAACGGAUGGAUUUCAGUGAUAAUGAUCUGGAAAAGGUGAAUCGGUUGUACAACUGCUCCUCCUCCCUCACCUUUAUGGACUCAUGUAAUUUCGAACUGGAAAACGUGUGUGGCAUGAUUCAAAGUUCGGAGGACACUGCUGACUGGGAGAGAGUUAGCCAGAUUUCCAACGCGCCACAGGCUGAUCAGUCCAACAUGGGACAGUGCAAAGAUGCUGGUUUCUUCAUGCACUUCAACAGCAGCAAUGUCAAAGAAGGCGGCAAUUCUUUCCUGGAAAGCCGAAUACUCUACCCCAAGAGAAAUUUUCAGUGCCUUCAGUUUUACUACUACAACAGCGGUAGUCUAGAUGACAAGUUGAAGAUCUGGAUCAGGGAGUACUCUUCAGACCACGUUAAUGGAACCUUAAACCUUGUGGAAGAAAUUAUAGGAGCACCUGAGGACACCUGGCAACUUUACCACGUGUCACUGAAUGUGUCCAAAAAAUUCAGAGUGGUGUUUGAAGGGGUCCGAGGAGCCGGGACGUCUCCCGGCGGUCUCUCGAUCGAUGACAUCAACCUGUCGGAGACGCGGUGUCCUCACCACACCUGGAGAAUCAGAAAUUUCACACACCUUCUGGACACGAGCUCGCAGAAUGGAAAAAUAUUCAGCCCUCCAUUUUACUCUCCUAAAGGAUAUGCUUUUCAGAUCUCGCUGAACAUCAGUGAUCCGGUUCAAGUCGGCAUUUUCUUCUACCUGAUCUCCGGAGCCAACGACGACUCGCUGAAAUGGCCAUGUCCCUGGCAACAGGCCACCCUGACCCUUCUGGAUCAGAACCCUGACAUCCGGCGACGCAUGUCCAAUCAGAGGAGUGUGACCACGGACCCCGAGGAGAAAAAGGGUGAUACCUUCUAUUGGGAUAAGCCUUCGACUGUGGGAAGAGAAGAAAGCUUUCCUAAUGGAACAAAGUUCAAAAGAGGUCCUGGGAAAGGAUUUUCCACUUUCAUAACCCAGAGCCGACUGAGGAGCAGGGAUUACAUCAAAGGAGAUGACGUUUAUAUCCUUCUGACUGUGGAAGAUAUAGCUCACCUGGCAGAGUCCCAGCCACAGCCGCAGCCUACCCAGAUCUCUUUAUCCUCGACGGUGCCCAGUGUGGCCGACCUCUGCUCCGAGCUGCACUGUGAGAACGGGGGUGUCUGCACCACUAAAGACAACAAAGCAGAGUGCAGGUGUCCCGUGGGGGAAGACUGGUGGUAUUUGGGCCAGAGGUGUGAGAAGAGAGGAACAAGACAGGAGAACAUUGUCACUACAGUUGCUUCAACCAUUUCGGUAUUUGUUGUCAUGCUCAUCAUCACUCUUCUCACAUUCUACUGUACCAAAAAGAAGUACCUUCGAAAGAUUCAAGAUUUGACUUUGACAAAUGUAAGUAGCACACAGGCGGAAUACAACAUUCUGAAGUUAUUAAAAGAGUGCCACCUGAAAAUAAAUGAAAUUCUCCUCAAAGAAUACUCCUCGGAUAUAAUUAUGAUCACAUGA